GAGUCUGGGAUCAUCGAAGGAGGAGGAGCUCAGGAAGAGCACAGGGGUCCUGCGCUGGCCAGGACCGCAGUCUGCAGAGCCAGCUCCCAGGGCGCCGGUGCCCCCUCCUCCCCAGCCCCCGAGUCACCCCCACCCGGCUGCGGCGCAGGCGCGAGCCCAACCUGCUUUUGCUCUGCUCCAGAUCUAGCUGCACUUUGCUCGGCGGAGACCGUAGACAGAUCGCUGCACCUUGGCUGCCCACAGGGACCCACCAUGCUAGGCUGCAGCCCCUGCAGCUGUGGCACCCCCGCGGAGGAAAGCAAGUGGUAUGGAGUCCACUCCUACCUGCACCUCUUCUACGAAGACUGCACUGGCUCGGCUCUCAGUGACGACCCUGAAGGACCCCCAAUCCUGUGUCCCCACCAACCCUGGCCCUCACUGUGCUGGAAGAUCACCCUGUCCUCAGGGACCCUGCUUCUGCUGCUGGGGAUAGCAGCUCUGACCACGGGCUACGCGGUGCCCCCCAAGCUGGAGACCGUCAACAAUAUUGACUUGCCACUGCUAGAUGAGAAGGCAGCCGACUACAACAAGGCGCUGAGCACCUGCCGCCUGGCAGGCACCGCACUGUGUGGGGCAGCCGGGAUCCUGCUGACCAUCUGCCUCCUGUGGGCCGUGUCAGGCUGGCUGAACCCAGAUGUCAAGGCGGAGCCCUUGGACGCAGAAGUGGAGAGCCGUGUGGAGGUCUUCAGGGACGAGCCAGAGCAGCAGCUGUGCCCCAUCUUCCAGGAUGCCAGUGGCCAGUCAUGGUUCUCCACCCCCUUUGGGCACUCUUCCGUGCAGACCAUCCAGCCCAAGAGUGACUCUUGAGUGCUGAGUGGCAGCUCAAGGAGAACGGGACCCCUUUUGCUCCCCAGCUUAUCUCCCUCCCAUUGUCUCCCAACUUUUCUCUCUUAGCAGGGUCCCUUCGCCCAAGCCCCCAGAAGGCCCAGCUCCAGGUCGAGUCUGGAGCUCAGGUUCCCACACCCUUCCCCAGGGACAGGGCCCCAACUCCCCCUCCAUGUCAGCCUAGCUCAAGGGCUCCUGCCGCUGUAGGGCCAGGAGACGUUCCCCAGCCUCUCGCCACUCUCCUCCCUCUGACCUUGGGUGAGCCCCUUGCCCUUCAGACAGGCAGAUCCUGCCUCUCUUCCUGCACUUUGUGGAAUAUGAGUUGCCCUCCACAAAAGGAAGCCUUCAUUCCCCCAGAUGCCCCCCGAGAUGGUGUGAAAACAUUUACCCCACACCCCCCUACCUACCUGCAUUUUGGCACCAGAGCCCCUCCAGCCUACCCGUCCCGGGCAAGGAUCACCCAUCUGCAGAGCAGGAGGCUGAGGUGAGCUGAGAGGGGUGUGUUCAGGGCCGGUCACAGAGCAGAGCCGUGUGCGGAAACCGGAACCCUCCCGGGCCAGCUCUGGUUCUGCAGCUGGAGUAGAGCCCCACUCCUUCGUGGUUCGAAGCAGUAGGGUCUCAGGGAUGAGGACAGGUUUGGCCCAGGAGAUACGAGCCGGAGGCCUGCUGGUCCCAGAUGGCUACUUUGGACACAGAUUUAAAUGGUCAGGGAACAGGAGAAGUGGGAAGUCUUUGUCCUCGCAAAGUCCGCCCCCUAGGCACCAGUGACCGACCGACCCUGAUGAGAAAGGUGCCUUCCUCGAAGCACAGCCGCUCCCUCCGCCAGGCUCCGGGUCAGAACCGUCAUCUCCUCUCCUGCCACCAGGGGGCGCCCCAGCCUGCUGGACAGACGCACUCCGGGACGGUGCCCUUCCCUACCCACUUCGGUCCCGCCAGCCUGGGGGCCAGGGGAGCCUCAGCCCGCCCGGCCACACCCUACCUUCCCUGUGCCCCCUGCCCGACCCCGCCUCAUCCUUCCCAAGAUCCUUUUCAAUAAACCGCUGGGAUGACGCCGCCUUGACUUCCUUUCUUAGG